CAUCUUUGCUGGGAAAGCCCCAGAGAAGUAGACUUUCAGGAAAUGCGGUCUUGUGGCUGUCAGUUCAAGGAUGAAUUCAGAGAAACAUUCAAAAGUUUCACAAUUGGGGGAUCGGUUUGACUUGGGAAAGAAGUCGCCAAUAGAAAUAAAAGGCAGAGCCUGUUUUUACCUUCCAGCUUGUUCUGUCUAGAAGCAGAAUGGCAACCCUUUAUCCGUUCCUUCUCAUCCUUGCCAGUCUAUUGGGGUCCCUUGGCCAAGAAGAUCUCCAGAAGAAGGCGUUCGUCUUCCCCAUAGAAACAAAUAGCGCCAGCGUGGUCUUGAAGGCUCCUCUCCAACAGCAACUGACCAGCUUCACCAUAUGCCUGAGAUACUACACGCUCCUGACCCGCGAAUACGGACUCUUCUCCUACGCCACAAAGACACGAGACAAUGAGCUCCUACUCUUCAAGCCCAAACCCAACCAAUAUAGACUUUAUCUUGGGGGGGCCUCUGUAACCUUCGUCCUCCCAGAAAAGAAGAACGCAAAGCCUGCUUGGGAGCACAUCUGCAUGAGCUGGGAGUCUGCCACAGGAAUAGUGGAACUGUGGUUGGAUGGGGAACCAUUGCCCCGAAUGGGGCUUCAGAAAGGUUACUCUAUCAGUCCCGAGGCAUCUAUUGUACUUGGGCAAGAUCAGGACUCCUUUGGGGGUGGCUUUGCUAUCAACCAAUCGCUUGUAGGGGAGAUGAAGGAUGUGUAUAUGUGGGAUAGGGUUCUGACUGCGGACGAAGUGCAGCUAGUCUUGCAAGAUCGCAGUCUUUCCAACUAUCUGAUCAAUUGGAGAUCCUUAAACUAUGAAAUCAAGGGCUAUGUUGUUCUUAAGCCCCACUUGAUUUCUUCUAGAGUUAUGUACUUCCCUUCUCCUUUACCCGGCCCGUUUGGCGUCUAAGUUCAGACUAAGACAAUGAUGCACAAAAAGAGAGCGGUCUUUAAUGCAAGAUGUUUUUAUUAUUAUUUGUUGUAUAUAUACACAAUCCAAGCUAUUAAAAAAAUUUUAAUCUGCGGUA